AUGACAGAAGAUAGCGAAACUAAAAAGCUACAGGAUAAAUUAGGAUAUGCUGACAUCCAUCUUACGACUACCUCUCCUUUACAGAAACAACCCAGGACAAACUCAAACAUCCAUGUCACCAUUAGAGAACCUAAACCACAAAGACCUAUACCUGCCCUGGAGAAAAAACGGUCGUUCAGGGAGGAAACGCCCAUGCAACGAUCCAAUAGUCUACAAGGCGAAUGUGUCUGUCAAAAGAAGAUGGAUACAAGGAAUCCAGAAGAUAUCAAAGAGAUGGCUUCUAGACUCUACGAAAUGGCCGAUCGAAUGCUCCAAUCGCUAUCAUUGGAAGAAAAGAAUAAGCCGAGACCAUCAAGUAGUACACCGAUAAGAAGAAGCAGUACACGUAGUUCGCCUGAUAUGAUCUAUCGACAGAAUUAUCCAGAGUACAUGCUCCCUCCGCCGCAGCCCAGGGUGCCUCUUAAUUAUUAUUAUUAUGCUCCCAUAGAAUAUGAUAACUCUCCCUUAGAUUACUAUUACGUACCACGAAGACCACGAAGAAGAAAAUCAAUGAGCCAGGUAUCAGAUGAAGAAUAUACAAGACUAAAACGAAAAAAUUCAAAGCGAAUGCAAGAACCUGUUUAUGAUGCGUAUUAUUAUGAUUAUUAUUACUAA